CAAUCCUUCAGGCCAAAUACUCAUUCACUCUCGCUGUGUGUGCCUCAGCGAGCGGUCUCUGCUGCUGCUGGCCGGGACAAAACCGCACGCAGCUGCUUUCAUUCUCCAGUGCUCGAGACCGCGCGAUCAGGAGAGGAGCUUGCUUUAAGGAUCUCACCUCUGAUGGACUUGAUAUAAGACAAGAAUACACAUUUCUCUUCUGUCAGUGACCACGUAGCUGAUAGUUACAAGUGCCGUGUCGUGGAAAACAAACUUGUACACCCGAAACGUCUUUACAGCCACUGAUUUUAAUGUGUUUUAUGUGUUUGCGCUCAACAGUGAGGUAGACUUAUGCAGGCAAAUUUUACAGGAGUGUCGGUGUGUGAUUUACCCCGUGGAUGCGGCUGUUGGUGUCGGUGACUGAGCCCUGCAGGAUCAGCCUGUCAUAGGGCAUCAUGACUUCUCUGGUUGUUUACAAGUGGAUGAGGAAUAUUUCUCCGGAGAUGCUGCUGUUGGUGCCCAUAUUGUGGUUUUUACCUCUGAUCGGAGCGGCUCCUUCUGUCACUACCGAGCAGCUGGACACGGGGGUGGACUGGCUGAGUAAGUUUGGCUACCUCCCACCCCCUGAUCCUGUGACUGGUCAGCUUCAGACCAAGGAGGCCCUGACCAAGGCCAUCAAAGCCAUGCAGAAGUUUGGAGGGCUGAAGGAGACCGGAGUCUUCGACCAAGCCACACUAGGUCUAAUGAAAACACCCAGAUGUUCUCUGCCAGAUGUUUCUGUAGCAGAGGUGACAAUGGGCCGCAGGAAACGAGGUCUGAUUCCUCAAAACAAAUGGAAUAAAAGGCAUCUAUCCUGGAGGGUGAGGACCUUCCCGAAGGAUUCGGCCUUACUGGGCAGGGACACUGUUCGAGCCCUGAUGUACUACGCCUUGAAGGUCUGGAGUGACAUCGCACCACUUAACUUCCACGAGGUAGCAGGAAGUGAUGCAGACAUUCAAAUCGACUUCACGAAGGCCGACCACAAUGAUGGCUAUCCUUUUGAUGGACCAGGGGGCACCGUGGCACAUGCAUUUUUCCCAGGAGAGAGGUUCACAGCUGGGGAUACACACUUUGAUGACGACGAGGCCUGGACCUUCAGAUCACCAGACUCUCAUGGGAUGGAUCUGUUUGCGGUUGCAGUCCAUGAGUUUGGACAUGCCAUCGGCCUGGUUCACACCUCAGCUAUAGAGUCCAUCAUGAGGCCGUAUUACCAGGGACCUGUAGGAGACCCUCUGAAGUACGACCUGCCCUAUGAGGACAAGGUCCGCGUCUGGCAGCUCUAUGGUGUCAGAGACUCAGUAUCUCACACAAAUCGACCAGGCAACCCCUCCCAGACAGCCGAACCUCCUGUCCUGCUGGACCUUCCUGACAACAGAUCCACUGUUCUGCUGGCACGAGAUGCCCCCGACAGAUGCACCAGUCACUUUGAUGCAGUGGCCCAGAUACGAGGCGAGGCCUUCUUUUUCAAAGGAAAGUACUUCUGGCGACUAACAAGAGAGAAGCACCUGGUUUCUCUGCGUCCAGCUCAGAUCCAUCGCUUUUGGAGGGGCCUCCCAACCAAUCUGGACAGUGUGGAUGCUGUGUAUGAGAGGCCUGGAGACCACAAAAUAGUCUUUUUCAAAGGUCUAAAGUACUGGGUAUUUAAAGACAAUAUUGUGGAGGAGGGUUACCCUCGUCCAAUCAGUGACUUUGGCCUACCCUUGGAAGGAGUGGAUGCAGCCUUUGUUUGGCUACACAAUGAGAAAACUUACUUCUUCAAGAACAACCACUACUGGCGCUAUGAUGACCACCUGAGACGUAUGGACCUGGGCUACCCGAAAGACAGCACGCUUUGGAAGGGGCUGCCACAAAACUUGGACGAUGCCAUGAGGUGGUCUGAUGGCUCGUCCUAUUUCUUCAAGGGGAAGGAGUACUGGCGAGUGCCUGGCAGUGACAUGGAGGUGGAGGAAGGAUACCCGCACCUCAUCGCCAAAGACUGGCUGCUGUGCACUGAGAUGCAAUCCGAUGCUCCAGACGCAGAGCCCAAAAGCACGGAGACGAGAGGCAACGUGCACCAUCACCCGGACCACGCGGAGAAUGGCUACGAGGUCUGCUCCUGCACCUCUGACAGCGCCUCACCUUUAGGCGCCCGCCCCUGCCCGUCUCCCAUGUGGCUGUUGCCACCUCUCUGGACGCUCUCAUUGGCCCUCCACUCUGAACUGCUGUAAUGCCAAAACAUGGGACAAAGCUCCUGAGCUGAUUGGUGGAGGGCCAGUGAACAGUCAGUGGACAAUUUUGUUCUUAUUAUAUCAUUUGCUAUCUUUUUGCGCUAAUUUUGCUGUUAUUUAUUUUAAACAUUAUUUGGUGGGCACUGCCAACUAAAGUAUUCAUCCUUACAGGCAUCAACCCACUCACGAUGCUUUACAAUGUUUUUGACUGAAUGGUCAAACUGCCUCAUUUCUGCAAGGAAAAGGGUUAUUGAACAGAAAGAGGAGAAGCAACCAACAAUGAUAAUUUUACUUAAUGUUCAGCUGGUUUACAGUAGCAAUGCCUCACAUAGAGACAAGUUAAAAGUAUUCUGCAUGGGAUGAAAGCAGGUGCAAAGGCGACCAGCAUGCCAACACACACACACUGUUGCCUAUUUUAUGAAAUUACAGCAGAUGCUUUAUUACAGGUUUGGUAUAUUUUCGCACUUCCUCUAACGGUUUCUACUGGCCUACACAGUUUGUUUUAAUAGUUUCAGCCUCUUCAUCCCUGUACUAUGUUCAACAUGUUGCAGAAUAACAUUUGAAAAAGUUAACAAUAGAAUGUCUUUGCAAUAAACAAGGGUAGUGUUACCAUGGAUAAUCCACAGAACGCAUAGGGAUUAUUUUUUCAGUCUCUCAGUUAAAAGUAACAUUUGUAGGUUAUCCAGAGUAACAGGGACACUGUUUAUGUAAAGACACUUUGUUAUUGGAUUUGAAGUUUUAAAAGUAAUUUUUAAAUGUGGUGUGUACCACACUAACAGCAGUGCUACAGUACUGGAUGUCUCAAAAAUUGGGGAGUAUCCUGCUCUGCAGACGGUGUGCAAACAUCUUACUGUGAGAGCUGUUUGGAUGGAUGAGGACAUGGAUGCAUUCUGUCAGCACCAGUUUUCUUGCCUAAAUCCCUCAAUUCUGCACUGAAGUGAGGAACUGCUGCUCAUGUAUAGAUUUCCGUGGGCUAGUCAUUUUCAGCAUUCCUGCUCUUGGUUCAGUUCAGUUCAGUAUCUUUUGUAUCAAAUUCAGAUUAAAUGAUAUUCCUGUUUAUUUUACAUUGUUUUGAUGAGGUCAUACAGCCUUUUUGUGACUGUUGGAUAAUUCCUCAUUCACCUUUAGCUCCUUCUGAAGACAAGAGUCACAACUUGGCCCCUGAAUUUAUUCUUGCUGUAAAGAUAUAUUUACCUAUAGACAAAUAUAUUUGAGUUGACAGGUUCUGCAGUUAUUGCAUAGCCGAGUGGACUGUGUAUAUUUCAAGCUGUGUUUUCUAAUGUAAAAUAUUUUUGUAGAAAAAUAAAAAGAAUCUUAAUGACUUUAUUGGCUAACUGU